UUUUAUCCAAUAUGAAAUAUGAAACCUCGCUCUCCAUUUAAACAAACUAUAAUUAAUGAGCGCUGAUAUGUCUAAUGUUUCCAUAUAAAGACUUAGGUCAGCUGACAGAAGUGUUGGUAAAAUCAUGUGAUCAAGGAAACCAAAGCAGGAACACAAAAGCUCAGUUAAGGGUGGACAACCUGAUUCUUCUGAAUCAGAGCGGCUUCAACCAGGACAACAGUCACAUUGUGACACUGAAUGUGGGCUGGCGGAUUGGAUCUUCUAAGCUCUUAGUGAAGCUGUGAAUGUGGAACGCAAUCCAGACCACUUGCGAUCAUGGGCGACAUUAUCACUGAUCAAGAUAACGUGCCCUUCUAUGGAGAGCAGACCCCUGUUGAGGAGUCUGAUGUGUCCUCAGUUCACGGGGCUGGCCCCUCCGAACGCCAGGACCACUAUGAACGUUUUGGAAGCAAAAAAGGAACCACUUUCUUCCAGACUCUGAUCCACUUACUAAAGGGGAAUAUUGGCACAGGGCUUCUGGGCUUGCCUCUUGCGAUCAAGAAUGCAGGGCUUGUGGUUGGUCCCAUAAGUCUCUUUGUGAUGGGGAUAGUGGCGGUCCAUUGCAUGAGUGUCCUCGUCAAGUGCUCGCAUCACCUUGGCAAUAAGUUGGGCAAACCUUCUUUGAAUUACGGAGAUGUAAUGGAGCAGAGCAUGGAAAAUGUUUCCUGUUUGAGGAGAUAUUCCGUUUGGGGAAGGCAUGUGGUGAACCUAUUCCUGAUCGUUACCCAGCUCGGCUUCUGCUGUGUUUACUUUGUAUUCCUCAGUGACAACGUUAAGCAGGUGGUAGAGGCUGCCAAUGGCACCACUGUGAACUGCCACAUCAACCAAACCUCGGUGAUGGUGCCAAGCUUUGAUUCCCGCCUCUACAUGCUCUGCUUUUUGCCCUUCAUCAUUCUCCUGGUGUUCACGCCCAAUCUCAAGUACCUGGCACCCUUCUCACUGGUGGCCAACUUGGCCAUGUGUGCCAGUCUGUCCCUGAUCUACUGGUAUUCCAUUCUGCACAUCCCGACUCCUGUCAACCUCCCAUAUGUUGGAAUACCCAAGGAUUACCCCCUCUUCUUCGGAACUGCCAUAUUCGCUUUUGAAGGGAUAGGAGUGGUACUCCCUCUAGAGAACAAAAUGCAGAAACCCCAUCAAUUCAGGCUGGUUCUGUACCUGGGCAUGGCCAUGGUGAGCUUCCUCUACAUCAGCCUGGGCACCAUCGGGUACCUGUGUUUCGGAAACGUCAUCGGUGCGAGCAUCACCCUCAACCUGCCAAACUGCUGGAUGUACCAGGUUGUGAAGCUCCUAUACUGUGGGGGCAUCUUCUUCACAUACGCUCUGCAGUUCUACGUCCCAGCUGACAUCAUCACCCCCACCGCAGUGGCCCGUGUUGGAGAGAGGUGGAAGCUUCCUGUGGACCUUCUCAUCCGCACUGCCCUCGUUAUCUUCACCUGUCUCCUGGCCAUACUGAUCCCGGAGCUGGACCUGGUCAUCUCCCUGGUGGGCUCCAUCAGCAGCAGCGCUCUGGCCCUCAUCUUCCCCCCGCUGCUGCAGAUACUCGCCUAUCACGACGAUGGCCUCUCCCGCUGGGUGGUGCUCAAGAACUGCCUCAUCAGCCUGGUGGGCAUCGUGGGCUUCGUGGCCGGCACCUACGUCAGCAUCGAGCAGAUCAUCGCCCGCAGCAGGCUGAGGUCUAGCAGCGCCUUCUUUGAGAGCACCUGAGGGUGGAUGCAAGCCGGAGUCGCCUGUUUGUGGGGAAAAGAAAACUUGCACAAAGUCACUUCUUUUGUUGUUUUUUGCCCAUAUUGAAUCAAUGUUCGUCCUAAACUUUGACUUUGAACUUGUGUUGAGCAAGGGUUUUUUUUUUUCCCCCCUUAAACACAGCAGCAAUUUGGCAAGUUAGUUUAGGUCAGUGGUUCCAAACCGCUCCUCUGAAGCACUCCUGAUUCAACUAAUCUUUGGCUUCAUUAGUUGCAGGUGAUGGCUGGGGAUACCCAAGGAGUGAUUUGAGAACCACCGGUUUAGAUUAUUGCUAAACUUGUCGCAGCUGUGUUGGUGGAGAUAAAAAUGAACACUUGCAGUUGGCCGUUAGAGCAAAGGACCAAUGUCACUUGUAUCCAGGCCUUCUGAAUCCAGGCCUGUUUGAUACCAGUUGUACUUUUGUCACUACAACCUUCAAAACAUCUGGUGAAGUUUGCCACCCAGAUGGUACUUUUUUAUCUUUUAACUUUUUUGGUUUUUAUUUAUUUUAUUUUUUCUCGUAUGUCUUAGUAUUUAAUUUAAUCACCAGAAUAACUAUGUUGGCAGGAGAGCCACAAUCAUGCGUAGGCGAAACAUUAAACCGUACACAUCAGUUUUGUUUGCUUGUUCUGUUUCUGCUUACUCCUCCUUUUUCCACAAUCCCAUAAUCCCUACUGUACUUCAUUUUACCAUUUAUUUUUCUACAGAAAAAAAAUAACUCCUGCUCUGGUUGUAAUCAGAAGGUAUCAAAAGACCUGUAAAUAAGUUUUGUGAUGCCCCUUGAUUUUUAACAGUGCUCACCAGUCCAGCCAGCCCCCCCCCCCCCCAAAAAAAAUACAUUAUCUUUUUCUGCUAAUCAGUCUUGCUCAAAACAAUCCUGCCAGUAAUAUUUGCAAAAAUAUAUAAUCAGCCCUGCCAAAUAGGCCCUAGCAGUGUUAUUCAUACAGAAAUUCUAACAAAAUAACACUACACACUUUCAACUAUUUGAAUUUGAACUAUUAAGAAAUUUGGAUUUAUGAAUGUGAGGAUGAUUAUUGUUAAAUUUGUGCUUGCCUGGGUUUUACAGCAGCAAGAUUACAGCCCAAUAAUCAGAAGAUUAGGAAAUUGGAGUGCAGUUGUGUAAUGGGAUACGUCUAUUAGGAUUUUGCCUGUUUUAACUGAUUGAAGAUCCAUUCAUAUGUGUGACAGAUUAGACAUAAGAAAACUGGGAACUAUAACCUCUUGAUAUGUAGAAUUGCACUUACUUCCGAAAAAAACAGUUGUGUAUCUCAUAAAUCAAACAAAAACAAAGAUAUAUAUUUGUUUUUUAAAAAUUUUAGUCAGUAUUUUUCAGUAAAAAAUACAGUUUUGAGAUAAAUUUUGUUUUUAAUUGCCUUGCAAUCACAUUCACCAUUGAAACAUUGUUUUCUGUCAUUACUUAGAAACUGUUUACACUAGAGUGAUGAAUAUAAUUAUGUUGUGAUUUUGGGUAAUAAUUUUAUUAUUUUGGAUUUUAAAAAUCACAAUUUUAUUAUCGGUAGAAUUUAAUAUUCACUAAAUAAUUGUAUUCAUUUAGUGGACAGUUCAGUUGCUCAAUUGUGUCUGGAUAGUUUAAGAAUUAAUAGUUUUUAAAUUUAUUUAUUUUAUUUUUUUUUGUCUUGAGUGCUUUUGUUUGAAAUAAAGGGACUUAUUUCUUAUGUUUAUUUCUUAUGCUUUUUAUCAUUUAUAUCUGAAUACUGUAUGAGCAUGGUCAGAUAUUUCCUAGACAUUUCUAUAUUUUAAAUUCCAGAAGGGAGUUGGGGGUAUUCUCAGGGAUAGUAUGCUCCAUGUUAAAAUUUGUUUGGUGCAAUGGUACAAUUUUAAGCUCAAUAUAGAGCAGUCAAGAUUGCAGUGAAAUUACAGUCAAUGAAUUUCACACCAGAGAACUGGACAUGGCUUUGUCUAUUAAUUUAGUUAACUUGUAUCUUUUGUUAUAAAGUAUUGUACAUGUAUAAUGUGUUAUGCACAUGAUUGACACCUUAUGAAAAUAUUUUAAAGCAAAUCAUAUGGAAUGUCUGUAUUUAGCAGCUAGACUUUACAAAUUUGAAAUAUAUAGUAUGUAAGCCUUUAAAAUUUCAUAGAUAAAAAAAUGUCAAGAAAUAUGAGGGAAUGUUUAAACAUUUUAUUUUAUUUUAUUUUUAUAUUGGAUGCUUAUUUUUGAAUGUUUAAUUGACUGCGGUUGCAUUAUUGUGUUCAUCUCCAGCUGUUUGAUUGUCACCCGCUGUUUAAUUGGAAUGGAGGAAUGCUUCCUCUUUUGAUGAGUUGAUUAUUAAACACAAUUUACAUUGUGACGUUGUACCAUCCGCUUACAUACAUGAACACAAACUUACACGUCUUUCUGUCACACAUAAUGCAUAAAUGCCAGUUAAAGAAUUUUGCAAGUCAAGCAUUUUUUUAGAAAAAAGUUGCUUGAUUUGACUAUUUUUAGUUUGAGUUUUUUUUAUUUCAUUUUAGACUUUUUUUUUUUUUUUUUUUUGCUUGCUUGCUGUAAACUAUAAUUGAUUCUUGAAGAAUGCUAUGCCUUACCAUUCUGGUGGUUCAUUUUGCAAAUAGUCAUGUCCGUAAUGUGCUGUAUUAUGCCAUUUCAGUUACAAAAUGAUGACUUUUAAAUGAACACAAGCUUUUUUAGGAUGCUGUUUAUUCAGAAAUGUGUUUUCAGAAAGUAUUAUAGCUACACAUGGCUACAUGGCUAUUUUAGGUUUUGGUUUUAAUAUUGGUGUAAGGACAGCGUAAUCCUAAAUUAGAAACCCAGCUGUUGAUCCCCUCCAAAGGUAAAAUGCAGUCAUGUUGGUGUAAUGAUUUCUUUUUUUUUAUAGACAAUAUUUUAUACCGACCACUUUUAAUGCAUGCUCCGUCACCCACUCUGUAAAUACUGUAUAUGACAUGAUGUAACUGCUACUGUAUGUGUUUGUACAGUAUAUAUAUGUCAUGAUCCUGAACAAACGGUUGUGAUCUGUUUUUUUUUUCUUCUCUCUAUCAGACAUUACAACAGUGUAGACCACUGUGUAAAUGAGAUGUAAAUAGUUGUAUUUUAGAGCAGUUUUUUUUUCUUUUCUUUUUUUUUUGGGGGGAAGGGGGGUGGUGGUGGUGGGUUUGCAUAUGAUUCAUGCACAUAAUUAAUGAGGGCCCAUUAUAUGUAUAUGAAUUGCAGAUAUUCUAACCUGUAAUUAGACGUUAAGUGGCUUAAAUGGUGACAUACACUAGAAAUAAUUUAUCACCAAAAACAUUGUGCAUUUUUUGCUGCUGUAAACAUCACAUGCGUUUUCCCAUUAGAUGUAAUACUGAACAAUAUGUUUGUUUAAUGUGAUAAUUUUUCAGAAUAUAACUGAAUGUGAAUUCA